GUGCCUACCUGACCCACCAGCAGAAGGUGUUGCGGCUUUAUAAGCGGGCGCUGCGCCACCUGGAGUCGUAUUGUGUCCACAGGUUCUUUGCUGGCUACUGAAUAAAUAAAAAUUAGUAAGUCCUCUUUCUCCGCUGUAGCAGCUCAUGGGUUAAUGCGGAAGAUGGACAUGUAAACAGAUAACAGAGAAUUACCAGUCUUACAAAGAUGAAGGAUUCAGGGACAAAUACCGCUACUUUGCUUGUUUGCUGAGAGCUCGGUUUGAAGAACAUAAGAAUGAAAAGGAUAUGGUGAAGGCCACCCAACUGCUGAGGGAGGCAGAGGAAGAAUUCUGGCACAAUCAGCACCCUCAGCCGUACGUCUUCCCCGAGUCUCCAGGAGGGACCUCCUACGAGAGAUAUGAGUGCUACAAGGUUCCUGAGUGGUGCUUAGACGACUGGCAUCCAUCCGAGAAGGCGAUGUAUCCAGACUACUUUGCCAAGAGAGAGCAGUGGAAGAAGCUGCGGAGGGAGAGCUGGGAGCGGGAGGUCAAGCAGCUGCAGGAGGAAACCCCACCCGGCGGUCCCAACACUGAAGCUUUGCCCCCGGCCCGAAAGGAAGGCGAUUUGCCCCCCCUGUGGUGGCAUAUUGUGACUAGGCCCCGGGAGCGGCCCAUGUAGAGAGAGAGGAAGACGCCUCGCCUGUCACGCUUGCGAGUGAAAUAAGUUACAGAACGGGCACACACGUGCCGUAAUAAAAAUAACUCCAUGUGGUGUGA